CAAGAUAAAUUAUAUUUUUAGAUUGUGUAAUAUCGAACAAAUAUGCAAACCAAAUUGUUGAUUGUUCUUGGUCUUGUGGCGAUUCUUGCCUUCGAGGGUGGUGACACCUUUUGGAGAAGAAGGCGUCGUAGAAGAAGACAUCACUGUUCCUACUCGUACAAGGCUCACUACUAUUCCAUCCUGAGACACUACCGUACUGUCAGCUCAAGAUACCACGUCAUCUUGAGGCAUUACAGGAUUCUUGUUAAUUACAUACAUCACGUUGGCGUCAAAGCACUCAGAUACGGAGGCCACGUGACUUCUUUAGGAAGACAACUUCUUCAUCAGUAUUCCAGACACCAGCAUAUAUCUCAUGUCUACGGAGAUGAAGAAGAUAUCGAAGAGAGUGAUCUUUUUGCCGAAAAAGAUAAUGAUAGUUUCGAACAAGAAUUGGAUGACCAGAACGAUGAUCAGGAUAUGUUCGAAGACUCUGAAGAUAUUAGUGAAAACGAAAAUGAAGAAGACCUCAAGGAACUCCCCAAAAAAGCUGAAGACGUCAACAAGGAUCAUAAUCUCAACGACGAAUAGUCUAUUAUAGGAAAACGACAAAAUUUUACAACCCGACCUGGAACCGAAGCUGAAACAAAUGUUGUCUAUAGAUAGCUCUAUGCGUUCAUAGACCAUACUUGUUUAAACCUUUUUUUAUUCUUUCACGUAAAAGUGUCAUUGCUUGCAUAAUCAUAAUAUACUGCAUUAAGAAA